AACCGAUUGACCAUGGAUGUGGCUUGGCGUUUUCGUAUUGCGAUUUUUGUUGUGGUGGCCUUGAUGGUAUUUGGUGACUUUUUUGGCUAUGGCGGCAUGAUGCGUGUGGUCAAAUCAGAGACAAAUCAACAGACAGCCGCAGCGGGGGCGGGCAAGUUUCAGCAGAAAAAUGCCGAAAUUGAGAUAAGUGAAGUUGCUGAUUUGGCUGAAUUCUCUGCCGAUGGCCUGGCGAAUAAACGUAACUCCAUGAAAUCCCAGCUAUCAGAUGCCAUUAAAGACUCCUGUCUGCCAAAAAUGCUGUGUGAAAUGGCAGCGAAACCAGAUUAUGCGUUAACAGAGAAGGAAAAGGAUCUUAUGAAUUUGAUAAGAUCCUCAUCCAUGUCCCUGGCCAUGAAUGGCUCACCCAGCAAAUGGCAUUUUGCUGCCCACAUGGGAGAAUUGCUACGUUUCACCGGCGACAGUAUGAGUGGACCCAUGGGCUGUGCCAAUCUAUGGCCCAACUGUCCAAUUAGUUCCAAGAAAUUAAUGAAAUUAUCCUAUAAAGUUAAGCUCUAA